GGGAGACGGAGAGCAAUCAGUGCCCCAUUUCCAAAGCUUUUCUUGGCAGCUUGGCACACCUUAAGUUUGCCUCUGUUUUGGUUGUCUGGGAUGCGAGGGGGAAGUUUAAAGAUCUCCGGAAAAAGCUCGGAGGCUUUCCCGGGCUAUUUUUCUUGCGGGCGCGAGCACUCUUUUCUUCCUGGAUGGGAAAAGGUAGACAGGCAAGGUGGGCAGGUUGAUUUUCACUCUCCGAGGAGUGUUAAACAAACAAACCAGGAAUUCCUCACCCUGCACCCCGCGCCCUGCCCUGCAACGCAACGGCAAACACUCCCAAGUUUAAGAAGCAGACUAGAAAAUUGUUUAUUUAAUUGCCCAGCUACCACUGAUGAAGAUAAGUUGGAGUAACUGCUGAAACUGAAUUUUAUUGACCAGAAGCCGAUUUAUUUCACAUCUUUUUGUUUUCCCUACUGCUUUGAGCUUUACUGUUAACAGCUGAAAAACUUGGAAAAUAAAAUGAACAUGCUGUGGUCUUGAACAUAAUUUUUUUUUUUUUGAGGAAAAAUUAAACGGCGAGUGAAAGCCAGAAUGGCAUCCAGAGAGAGGCUCUUUGAACUUUGGAUGCUUUAUUGUACAAAGAAAGAUCCAGAUUACCUGAAGCUAUGGUUAGAAAAUUUUGUUUCCAGCUAUGAACAAUUCUUAGAUGUUGACUUUGAAAAGCUGCCUACCAGGGUAGAUGACGUGCCUCCAGGAAUAUCUCUCCUUCCUGACAAUAUUCUGCAGGUUCUGAGGAUCCAGCUAUUACACUGUGUUCAGAAAAUGGCAGAUGGGUUAGAGGAACAACAGCAAGCCUUAUCAAUUUUGCUUGUCAAAUUCUUCAUUAUUCUUUGCAGAAAUCUAUCUAAUGUGGAAGAAAUUGGCACUUGCUCUUACAUUAAUCAUGUCAUCACUAUGACAACACUUUAUAUCCAGCAAUUAAAAAGCAAAAAAAAAGAGAAGGAAUUGGCAGAUCAGACAUCUAUUGAAGAAUUUGUGAUCCAUGCAUUGGCAUUUUGUGAAAGUUUAUAUGAUCCAUAUCGGAAUUGGAGACACAGAAUAUCAGGACGAAUCCUUAGUACGGUGGAAAAGAGCAGACAGAAAUACAAACCAGCGUCUCUCACUGUGGAAUUUGUCCCUUUCUUUUAUCAGUGUUUUCAGGAAAGUGAACAUCUCAAGGAAAGCCUUAAGUGUUGCUUAUUGCAUCUUUUUGGAGCCAUUAUAGCCGGUGGGCAGAAGAAUGCUUUGCAAGCAAUUUCUCCAGCCACCAUGGAAGUUCUUAUGAGAGUGUUGGCAGAUUGUGAUUCCUGGGAGGACAGAAAUCCUGACGAAGUGGGUAGGAAGGUAGAACUGACUCUGAAGUGCCUUACAGAAGUGGUGCAUAUUCUUCUCACUAGCAGCUCUGACCAGCGUCAGGUGGAAACCAGCGCUAUUCUGGAGAACUAUUUUAAAUUGCUAAAUUCAGAUCACUCAGCUUUACCAAAACAAAGGCGGUCCAGAGAGUGGGAAAGCUGGUUCAUAACUCUACAGAUAAAAAUGCUGAAUACCAUUACAGCCAUGUUCAACUGCACAGAUAGGCCUGUUCUUCAGGCCAUUUUUCUUAACAGUAAUUGCUUUGAACAUCUCAUACGACUGCUACAGAAUUGCAAGCUAUUUUUAAAUGCUAACAAUAAGGUGGCAGACAAGAACGAGAAAGACCUUGCCAACAAAUUACUGACAGAAAUAAAUGAGGACCAGGCAUUUCAGGGACAUUUGGAUUGUUUGGCUGUAUCAACCAUUCAGGCUUUGACAGCAGUAAUGAACAAAUCUCCAGCUGCUAAGGAAGUAUUUAAAGAAAGAAUUGGUUAUACACAUAUGUUUGAAGUAUUAAAAUCCCUGGGUCAGCCGUCACUGGAACUACUUAAAGAACUUAUGAAUAUGGCUGUAGAGGGUGACCACACUUCAGUUGGAAUUUUGGGCAUUAGUAAUGUCCAGCCUCUCUUACUUCUUAUCCAGUGGCUUCCUGAGCUAGAAUCCCAAGACCUACAGAUCUUCAUCUCUGAUUGGCUGAAAAGAAUUUGUUGUAUUAAUAGGCAGAGUCGAACCACUUGUGUCAAUGCAAACAUGGGAAUUAGAAUCAUCGAAACUCUUGAUUCCCAUCCUGCACUCCAUCGAACUUGUGCUGAGAACCUGAUUGCUCUCCAUGGUUCCUUGGGGAGUCAGUCAGUGAGCUCAGAAGAAAUCCGUCGACUACUAAGAUUGCUAAGAGUGGAUGAAUCUGAGUGUUUUCACCCUUAUACUACUCCUGUGACUCGAGCAAUCCUGACAAUGGCUCGAAAACAGAGUCUAGAGAGUGCACUGCAGUAUUUCAACUUGUCACAUAGUAUGGCAGGAAUUUCUGUGCCUUCCAUACAGAAAUGGCCAGGAUCUGCCUUUUCCUUCAGUGCUUGGUUUUGCUUAGAUCAGGAUCAGUUGGCGCUUGGCAAUGCUAACAAAGGAGGAAAAAGAAAACAGUUGUACAGCUUUUUUACAGGAAGUGGCAUGGGUUUUGAAGCUUUUAUUACCCAUUCAGGUAUGUUGGUUGUGGCAGUGUGCACGAAAAGAGAAUAUGCAACAGUUAUGCUUCCUGACCACAGUUUCUGUGAUUCUCUCUGGCACAACAUAACCAUUGUUCAUAUGCCUGGAAAAAGGCCCUUUGGGCAGAGUCUUGUCUACAUCUACGACAAUGGGCAGCAGAAGGCCUCUGCCCCGCUCCGGUUUCCUGCCAUGAAUGAACCUUUUAUUUCAUGCUGCAUUGGUUCAGCUGGGCAAAGAACCACCACUCCACCGCCAUCCCAAAUCCCAGAUCCACCUUUUUCUUCUCCCAUUACCCCUCAUCGGACAUCCUUUGGUGGAAUUCUGUCAUCAGCCUCCUGGGGAGGAACAAUUGAAAAAUCAAAAUCAGUUACCAAAUUGAUAUCAGCAGGAACCCAGGACAGUGAGUGGGGGUGUCCCACAUCUCUGGAGGGCCAACUAGGGUCUGUUAUCAUCUUCUAUGAAGCACUACAACCUCCCCAGGUGAAGGCGUUAUAUUUAGCAGGUCCAAACUGUUUAAGCCCUUGGAAAUUUCAAGAGUCUGACCUGGCUGACCUGCCUGGAAACGUCCUUCUUCACUACACUGCAAAGGCCUGCAAAAAUUCAAUCUGUCUUGAUUUAUCUACUAACUGUUUGCAUGGAAGGUUAACAGGAAACAAAGUAGUAAACUGGGAUAUUAAGGACAUCAUAAACUGCAUAGGUGGAUUAAAUGUACUCUUUCCACUAUUGGAACAAAUUAGCCAUAUUAGUGAAGGACAAAUUCCUGAAGGAGUGAAUGAAAGAACAGUUUCUGAAUUAUUAACACCUAUAGAAGGAGAUAGGGCGGUAUCGACCCCCACAAAGACAUCAGAGUCAAGACUAGAGAGAAGUUUAGUUGCGACAUUUAUCUUGAUUGUGAAACACUUUAUUCAAAGACAUCCUAUUAACCAGGACAAUCUUAUUCACUCCCAUGGAGUUGCCACUCUUGGUGCCCUCCUUCAGAAGGUGCCCAACACCUUAAUGGAUGUUAAUGUAUUGAUGGCAAUUCAAUUACUAAUUGAACAGGUAUCAUUAGAGAAAAAUACGCAGCUCCUGCAACAAAUGUAUCAGUAUUUACUCUUUGAUUUCCGUAUUUGGAACCAUGGAGAUUUUCCCUUUCGAAUUGGUCAUAUACAGUAUCUUUCCACCAUUAUCAAAGACAGCAGGAGAGUUUUCCGAAAGAAGUAUGGUGUACAGUUUCUCCUAGAUUCACUUAGGAUUUAUUAUGGAACUGAUUGUAAAUAUAGUGAGCUGUCUCUAGAUGAUAUCCGAACAAUUAGGACUUCUUUGUAUGGCCUGAUUAAAUACUUUCUGUGCAAAGGUGGAACUCAUGAAGAGAUACAAAGUAUCAUGGGUUACAUAGCUGCUAUUAAUGAAGAAGAACAGCUCUUUGGAAUUUUGGAUAUACUCUUUAGUCUCCUGCGUGCCAGUCCAACUAGAGGUCAGCUUUUCUUACUGCUGUUUGAACCAGGAAAUGCUGACAUACUUUAUGCCUUGCUCUUAAAUCAGAAGUACUCUGACAAACUAAGAGAAAUCAUUUUUAAGGUUAUGGAGCAGAUGUUGAAAUGCACAAAUGUUUAUGAACGAAGUAAACAACGUAUUCGACUCAGAGAAGUUGGCUAUUCAGGAUUGGGACUCCUUCUGAAUGAAGCACCUGUUAAUACUUCUCUCAUUAAAAACCUCACCAAUCAGAUUAUAAAUACAGAUACUGCAGUUAAUUUCAAAGAUCUGUUAUCUGUGGUAUAUAUAUCUCACAGAACGUAUAUAAAUGUCAGGGUGGUCAUCUGCAGAAAGAUUUUACAGAUUCUACAGUCCCAGCCAGAUGCAGCACAUCAAAUAUCUCAACAAGUGGGUUGGCAAGACACUUUAGUUAGGCUUUUUUUUAAAGCAAAUUUUGAAAAUGGAAAUACUCCUCAUAAGCACAAUAGGACUAUUUUAAUGAAAGACAAUGAUAAAAAUAUAUCAUCCGAAGAUAUUAAGAGGAACUUUGAUGAAAAGACAGAUGAUGAAAAAAUGAACUCUGUUGCCUCAGCCGAUGUGCCUUCAGACCCCUGGAGUUUGGAGGAUAGACAGUCUCUAGAUUCAAACACACCAUUAUUUCAAGAAGAUAGCUCUGUGGGAGAAUUGUCUUUCAAAUCAGAGAAUCAGGAAGAAUUCUGGCAUAAUAACCCUUCCCAUUUAAGUUUAGGUCUCAGUGGCAUUGAUUCAUGUGAACUGAGCGACAGUGGAAGUCAGAUGCCAGAUAGCUUACCUAGCACGCCAUCCCCAGUAGAGUCCACUAAAUCAUUUUCUGUGCAGUCCGACAAGGAAAGCAGCAUCGCAAGUGACGUGGGCUUUAGUGAUGACUUCUCUUUACUUGAAAGCCAAGAGAGAUGUGAGGAGGAGCUUCUUCAAUUACUGACAAAUAUUUUGAACUAUGUAAUGUGUAAAGGACUAGAAAAGUCGGAUGAAGAUACUUGGCUUGAACGGGGACAAGUGUUUGUGGCACUAACUAAAUCAGGAAUAUCCAGUGAGCUACUUCGACCAUCAGAUGAAAUAAAACUAAUUUUGCUGCAGAAGAUGUUAGAAUGGGCAGUCGCAGAAAACAGAGAAGCAAAAACUAAUCCAGUAACUGCUGAAAAUGCCUUUCGACUCAUGCUGAUAAUACAGGACUUUCUGCAGUCAGAGGAACUAGCUAAUGCAAAUACAUGGACUGAGAAGCUUUUAGAGGAUAUGAUGCUGCUCUUCGACUCUCUCUCGGUUUGGUAUUCUGAAAGUCCAGUGUGGGUAAAACUCUCUCAGAUGCAAAUCCAGCUGCUUCUAGGAUUCAUUGGAAAGGGUAAUUUACAGGUUUGUGCUAUGGCAUCAGCUAAGCUAAACACCCUUCUGCAGACCAAAGUGAUUGAAAAUCAGGAAGAAGCUUGUUAUAUUUUAGGGAAGCUAGAACAUGUUCUAAGUCAGUCCAUCAAGGAACAGACGGAAAUCUACUCAUUUCUGAUUCCCCUUGUUCGUACCCUGGUUUCCAAAAUUUAUGAACUUCUCUUCAUGAACUUGCACCUGCCUUCUUUACCUUUUACCAAUGGUAGUUCCUCGUUUUUUGAAGAUUUUCAAGAAUAUUGCAGUUCAAAUGAAUGGCAAGUUUACAUUGAAAAAUAUAUUAUACCUUAUAUGAAGCAGUAUGAAACCCAUACAUUUUAUGAUGGUCAUGAGAACAUGGCACUUUAUUGGAAGAAUUGUUAUGAAGCCUUAAUGGUGAAUAUGCAUAAAAGAGACCGGGAAGGAGGAGAAAGCAAACUCAAGUUCCAGAAAAAUUUUGUGGAGCCAUUUAAUCGAAAAGCAUACCAAGAGAACUUGAGGUAUAAUAAUAUGCUUAAACAACUUAGCGGUCAACAAUUAGCCACUCUGAGACGCUGGAAGGCAAUACAGGUCUAUCUUACAUGUGAAAGGGGACCUUGGGCUGAAAGAAAACAAAAUCCAAUUCACUGGAAACUAGCUAAUGUAGAAAAUUAUUCCCGUAUGAGACUUAAAUUGGUACCAAACUAUAACUUCAAAACCCAUGAGGAAGCUAGUGCUUUGAGAGAUAAUCUAGGUGUCCAACACUCAGAGCCUUCCAGUGAUUCAUUGCUUUUGGAAGUAGUGAAACAAGUAAAAGUUAGUGAUAUGGAAGAAGAUAAGUUAGACCUUUCUGAAGAGGAAAUAAUAGCCAGAACAAAUAUGUAUGUUGAUGAGAAGAAAGAACAGGAUCAAAAAGAAAAAUUGGUGUUGUCAGUAGAUUGUGAACUUGUUACAAUAAUUGACAUAAUUCCUGGCAGAUUAGAAAUUACUACUCAACACAUAUACUUCUAUGAUGGCAGCAUUGAAAAGGAAGAUGGAGUAGGCUUUGAUUUCAAAUGGCCUCAUUCUCAAGUUCAGGAGAUUCACCUGCGGCGUUACAACUUAAGAAGGUCAGCCCUUGAGAUUUUCCAUGUUGACCAGUCCAACUAUUUUCUCAAUUUCAAAAAAGAGGUUAGAAACAAAGUAUAUAGCAGGCUGUUGUCAUUUCAUUCUCCAAAUAGUUACGGAACCAGAUCACCACAGGAGUUAUUUAAAGCAUCAGGAUUGACACAGAAAUGGGUGAAUAGAGAGAUAUCAAAUUUUGACUACCUCAUUCAAAUAAAUACAAUGGCAGGGCGAACUUAUAAUGACCUUGCACAGUAUCCUGUGUUUCCCUGGAUUUUACAAGACUAUACUUCAGAAGAGUUGGACUUGAAUAACCCAUCUGUUUUUCGAGAUCUUUCCAAACCUAUUGGGGUAGUUAAUGAUAAAAAUGCCAAAGCUGUGCGAGAAAAAUAUGAAAAUUUUGAGGAUCCUCUGGGAACUAUUGAUAAAUUUCAUUAUGGUACUCACUAUUCAAAUUCUGCCGGGGUUAUGCAUUAUCUUAUUCGUAUAGAACCAUUCACUACUCUCCACAUCCAGCUUCAAAGUGGAAGAUUCGAUUGUGCAGAUCGGCAAUUCCACUCCAUCCCUGCCACCUGGCAGACUCUCAUGGACAGUCCAAAUGAUGUGAAGGAACUUAUUCCUGAGUUCUUCUAUUUCCCAGAGUUCUUGGAAAAUCAAAAUCAAUUUAACUUGGGUCGUCUGCAAGUUUCUAAAGAACAAGUAAAUGAUGUCAUUCUCCCCAAAUGGGCCAAGUCAGCUGAAGAUUUCAUCUAUAAACAUAGGAAAGCUCUGGAGUCUGAAUAUGUUUCUGCUCAUCUUCAUGAAUGGAUAGAUCUGAUUUUUGGCUAUAAACAGAGGGGGCCAGCUGCAGUGGAGGCACUCAAUGUUUUCUAUUACUGCACUUAUGAAGGAGCUGUGGAUCUGGAUGCCUUAACAGAUGAAAAGGAAAGGAAAGCCUUAGAAGGGAUGAUUAAUAAUUUUGGGCAAACACCUUGUCAACUGUUAAAGGAACCACACCCUCCUAGAUUAUCAGCAGAGGAAGCAGUACAGAAGCAGACCAGAACUGAGACUUCAACCCUAAACCUAUUUCAGCACCUCCCUGAACUGAAGUCAUUUUUUAUAGAGGGAAUUAGUGAUGGUAUUCCACUAAUAAAGGCCAUUGUCCCCAGAAAUCAGUCUCGUUCUUUUAUGUCUCAAGGCAGUCCUGAGUUACUGGUAACAGUAAGCAUGAAUUAUGUUAUUGGAACCCAUGGAUGGUUGCCUUAUGACAGAAACAUUUCUAAUUACUUUACAUUCAUCAGGGAUCAAACUGUGACAAACCCAAAAACUCAGCGUAGUCUGAAUGGUCCUUUUGCUCCAGGGCUGGAGAUCACUUCUAAAUUGUUUAUAGUGUCACAUGAUGCGAAGUUACUUUUCAGUGCUGGACAUUGGGAUAAUAGCAUUCAAGUGAUGUCACUUACAAAAGGCAAAAUUAUUUCACACAAUAUCAGACAUAUGGAUAUUGUGACUUGUUUAGCUACCGACUACUGUGGAAUACAUUUGAUUUCUGGUUCCAGAGAUACUACCUGUAUGAUAUGGCAAAUAACACAGCAGGGAGGUGUUCCUGCGGGCUUAGCAUCUAAACCCCUUCAGAUUCUGUAUGGACACACUGAUGAGGUAUUGAGUGUCGGCAUCAGCACUGAGCUCGACAUGGCAGUGUCAGGAUCGAGGGAUGGCACUGUGAUUAUACAUACUAUUCAGAAAGGUCAGUACAUGAGGACUUUACGACCACCUUGUGAGAGUUCUCUGCUCCUGACCAUCCCCAAUUUGGCUAUAUCUCGGGAAGGACAUAUUGUCAUCUACUCCAGCAUUGAAGAAAAGACCACCCUCAAGGAUACGAAUGCAUUGCAUCUGUUUUCUGUAAAUGGAAAGUAUCUAGGGUCUCAAGUCCUAAAGGAACAAGUAUCAGAUAUAUGCAUAAUUGAAGAACACAUUGUCAUGGGCAGUUUACAGGGGUUCCUGUCCAUAAGAGACCUCCACAGUUUGAAUCUCAGCAUCACCCCAUUAGCUAUGCGAUUGCCUAUCCAUUGUGUUUGUGUAACCAAAGAAUACAGCCAUAUUCUUGUAGGAUUAGAAGAUGGAAAAUUGAUUGUAGUGGGUGUUGGCAAGCCAGCAGAGAUGCGUUCCGGUCAACUUUCUCGAAAAUUUUGGGGAUCUAGCAAGCGGCUCAGCCAGAUUUCCUCUGGAGAAACUGAAUAUAAUACUCAGGAUCCCAAGUGAUUGUUAUUUCUGUCUUCUGUCCUGGGUAACUGAAACUUGAUUUACUGUUUUGUCACUUUAACCACAUGUCUCAAGAAUCUGAAAUCUUUCAGGGCUUUUUUUCCUGAAAAGCAUUGAGGGAUUACCAGAGUUUGGUGUGAUGUGUAUAUAAAAAAGUAGAUUAUAUUAUUACUCACUUUAAAAAUUUCCCAUUAACAUAAGUGAAUUCAGUCUUCUUAACUAAUGCUCGGUCUGCACUAAGAAUUGAGAAAAUAUAUUUAAUUAGAUUUAGCGAUCCAUUUCUAAUGAUCAUUAGAUCCAUUUUUAAAAAUGAACUUCUAAAAGUGACAAAGUUAGAUUUGAUAUGCUUAUUAUUCUAAACAACAAUAUUUGCCAGGUAUUUAAGGUAUACCUAAAAAAAGAACAGAUAAUAAGACAUUUGGGAGACAUGGCUCUUAAUAUGUUGUUCUUUAGUUAAUCUUUUUUUUAUUUAUUGACCACUAUAUGUUUUAAAAAAUCAGUUUACUUGUAAAACUCCUGAUUGGAGAUAAUAUUUAAAGGUAUCUGUUGCAUAUUUGGAUUUUCAAAACUCAGUAUAAAAUUCCAGGUUUUCACAAUAAGUUGAAAAUAAGACGGUUAAAACUGUACAUUGGCUCAUUCCAGUACUCCUUGCACAUUACUAGUGGAAAUGUAUUGAAAUGUAUUCUUAUUCUUAAAUAAUAAAUGUUGAGUAAGAAUAAGAGAAACUAGAGAUACAAAAUGCUGAUUGUGAUUUUGACAGUUGGGUCCUUUCUGUAGCAUUUGCAGCACAAUUUUUAUUUCCAAAGUGCAAAAUUUCUUGACUUUUUCUUUAUUAAGCAAAUACUCUGUUUUCCCUCGGUAAUGAGAAGACUUAGGAGUGAUACCCAAAUGUAUCACAUUUUUCAGUAGGACUUCCAUGUGAAAGGUGAAUGAAUAGAAAAGACAUGUGUGACUUAUACUAGCCAUCUAGAUAUACUAAUUUUUAAAGCCACAUUUUUAAUGUUAUAUAAAACUUUGAGGAUUACAAUUAAUUUUAUUGUACAUAGCUAGAUGUUACAUUGUGUUUUAUUACUCAAGAUUUUAUAGUAAAAGUUAGAUACAUAUAUUUUGGAAUUCAGAAAGAGUGUUAAACCUAGUGAUUUUAUAAGGUCAUUUUUUGAGUUUGGUCAAGAGAGUGUUCACAACACGUGUUCUUAAUUUGAGAUUAUAUGUUUUUUGUGGUUUGUAUGAAUCUCCUGAAAUUGUGUGAAGAUUUUGUUAAUUGCAUUUUUUAAAGGAAUGAAUGGUUGCACAGCUUUCUUAAAGGGGUCUUUGAUCAGGAAAAAUGAGUGUUUUCCACAUUAACAGCUUCUUAAAAUAAUAUUCUUUUUCAUUCCACAAAUCAUAGAUUCCUCAUGUCCAAUUAUCAUCUCAAUUGAACCUUGGAAAAAUUUUUCCUUGGCAAAUCUUCUCUCCUGUUGCCCACAUUAUCUACUGCCUUUUUCUUUAUGACCCUGUAAGUAAAAAAUUGUAAGUAGUGAAGGAUUUCAUAUAGGGAAGUUUUUUUCAAUAGAUUUGAUUUGAGUCUGGACUAAUAAAAGGUUAUAAGCUAAAAGAAUUUUCUUCCAAAUUACUUUAAAUCCUUUUAUUCAGUAAAAAAUCAGCCAUGUUUUAGGUAAAUAACAUUAAAAUAAAUUGGUAUAGCAACUGUAAAAUAGAACAUAUGUAAAUGUGAGGGUUUCCUUUUUGAGAACUUAAGAAAUUUGUGGUGAAAAUGUCUCAAAACAAGUCAAUAGGGAUAAUUAUGAUUUAUUGAGAUUGAUUGCUUCUUUUUAUUUCAUUCUAUUUUAACUUUUUAUCUAGUUUUUAGGAGGUUUUAAGUUGGCAGAAUAACAAUAUUUUUGAUAUUUUAAAUGUAGACUUGUAAAAAAGCUUUCUAAAUCAAAACUUCACAAAGUUUUCUUUUAUUUAUUUUUCCAGAUAUUUUGGUACAAGGAUGCCUUCUUUAUUUUUAAGGUCACUUAAUAUGGUUUUGGAAAUUAUUUUGGAGGCUUAAAAGUUACAAAAAGUUUAACUUAGAUUACCAAGGGAAAAUUCCUACAUGUGGGGUGCUUUGCUUUGCUGCUUUUUAGAUGGAGGAACUGAAGAAGUAGUUUUCAUGUUGUAGCACAGGCAGGCAGCUUUGUUCACAGUAAAAUAGAUGCCCUACACUAACAGUAGAUGGGCAGAGAAGUGGAAUUAUACCUUGCAUUACUCUCUCUAAGAAGUGAAAACCCAAAAUAUAGAAUUUUAAGGAAAAUCUUUGAGAAUACUGGCAACAUUCUAGAUAAACAGAUCUUAAAGUUUAUUUAUUAAAUAAGCAAAUAUUUUGAGACUAUUAGCUGAAUCAUAUAUUUCUCUUCAAACAGUUUAGCCCACUGAAUUAAAAAUCACUAGAUAAAAUCACUGGAAGAAUAUACUUUGGGAGAUUCUGGUGUAUUGAGAUGGUAUCCAUAGAAAUUAUUUCUGUAUUGUGUAUAGAUAUUAACAAUAUUUAGAAUAGAAUAACAGGUGGAUAUUUCAGUUAAUGAAUAUAACAAUUUGCCUGUUAUAAAGUCUUUGCAGAACUUCUCAUUUGCUUUUGUUUCCUGACACUGGUGAUGAUGGAAAUAAAAAGCUCAGCUUCCUGUUGAAGAAGAGAGAUUUAUAAUAAGAUGAUUUUACUUUUAGAAAGUGAGGUCAAGUAUGAAAACCUGUAAGAGCUGUCCUCACUUAGAGAAUAAAGAAGCCUUGCAAGCCUUUUUUCAACUUUCCCCAGUCAGUAUUCUGUCCUGUUCUUAAUUAAAAUUGGGGAACAGAAGAUAAAAUAGAUCCUGGCAUGAAAAUUAGGAAAGUACAUGAAAAUGAAGUUUAGAUGGAUGGUUUAAAAUAUUUUAAGUUUGUAAAGCUCAUGCCAGCUAUGAAUAUUUCUAUUUUCUUUAGGUCAGAUUCCUUUUUUAGGAUACAUGCUUUUCUAGGAGAGAAAAUGCCAAGCAUUCAUUUGUCAUUAGCAAGGAAUAUCAGUAAGGCUUUUUUUCUGUGUAAGUAAUACAAAAUUAUUCUUAAGAACUGUUGUUGAAAAUCAGCUUUAUGCUUCUGAAGGAAUAAGUGUGCCUUCAUACUUAAUUAGAAUUUAGACUUGAAAGUUGAAUCUUAACCUAAGACUUUUUAUGUUUUGAAUAGGAAUAGGCAAAGAAAAAUUUUAACUUGAAUAACAGAUUUUUAUAUAAUGAUAGACUGACUCACGGUCUUUGCCUUUAAGUAUAUUUUAUAUUAUUAUUGAAGAAAUCACUAAUGGAAAUAUUUUAAUUGACUUUAAAGAGGUUAGCUCCUUUUAUAUAUUUAUAUUUUAAAAAUGAGUAGCAUUGUUUUAUUACCUUUCCAAGGAAAAGAUGCAAGUACAUGGACAAUAUUAUAUAAAUAUUAAAUAAUAUAUUAUGUAACAGCUUGGGGGUGAAGGUUCGUCUCUUCAAAUAUACCAUUAAACUUCCAUAAAUAAGUUCUUAAACCUACCUUUAGGAUAUGGUUUUUCAGACAUAUAAGACAGGAAAUAUAUUCUUUCUUUUCUAAAUCUGAUCUGUUUUCCUUUAUCAGCCAGACACAUAGCUUGCCCUAAUUACUGUUUGUCAUCAACUGAACUGUUCUCUUCCAGUAAGUGACCAGUCUCUCAACAAAUAUUAAUUCUCGGUAUUUUUUUGCCUAAUUCAUUUAUCAUAUAUACUCAACAUUUGAUUUGUUUUGCACUUGACCACAUGUGUAACAUUGUUCUGGAGAGUUUUCCUUCAUCAGAGUCCUGAUGAUACUCUGAUGACAUUAGGCAAUAGCAGCAAAUUGUUAGCAGUCAUCAUUUCAAUGUGAUUAAAAUGUGGGCUACAACCUUUCUACUUUAAUUUGAAUCCAGCAUUUUCUAGGCCAGUUUUUCUUAAUUGAGAUUGCAGAUCAGACUUAUUAAAGUUCUUUGAAUAUGCAGAGGUCGGGGCAGUACUCUGGACUUUCUGAAUGGCUUUACUAGAUGUUGAUAUAAAAUAAAUUAUGCCUCAGGAUUAGUACAUUAAAUCUUAAACUGUUUUAUGCUAUAGAAAUUCAUUCAUUUUUAUAAAUCAGACUUAAUAUCCACAGGUUUAUUUAAAAAUAGUUUUAAUCAUUAUCUUUGGAGAUAUUUUAUAUAAAAUUUUCUUUAAAUGAGUUCUUUGUGUUUCAUGGUAUAGAAACAUCUAAAUUUCCUUUUCAGUUGCAUUAUCAUCAUAAACCCUCUUCAGACCUUUCAUAUUUGAAACUUGUAACUAAUAUUUGCCCUCAAGUAUAUGUUUGCUUUUUAAUCCUAGUGAUUGUCAGUGAGUAUUUGCAUGUUGAAUUUGGUAACAUUUAAAAGUAUUAGUAAAAAGCACAAGUAACAAAAUGCUAGAUUUAAAAAAUAAAAUUAGAGCUCUAUAAUCUUGAAGCUCUCUAAUCAAUAGAAUUUCCAUAUAAAAAGCAUUGGAUAAAGCCCUUCCUUCCACUUCUGAUGACUUUGGUAAGUAGGGCUCCUCUGUGGAAAUAAUCUUCAAUUUUUUACAUGCAGAGUCCUAGUAUUACAAAAA